AUGCCUGCCAAUCGGAAGGAAGAGAGCCUAGUAAUCCACCGACGUGUUCACACCAGAGACAAACCGUACCGGUGUGAUCAAUGUGGGAAAACCUUUACUAAUAGUAGUGGCUUUAAACGUCACCAGCGCAGACACACUGGAGAGAAGCCGUACAGCUGUGAUCUAUGUGGUAAAACCUUUACUGAUAAUUGUGACUUUAAAAGACACCAGCUUGUUCACGCUGGAGAGAAGCCGCACAGGUGUGAACACUGUGGAGAAACAUUUUCUCAGAUUGGUGGCCUUAAAGCUCACCAGCGUCUUCACACUGGAGAGAAGCCGUAUUGGUGUGAACACUGUGGGAAAAUGUUUUCACGGAGUAGUAAUCUUACAUCUCACCAACGUGUUCACACUGGAGAGAAGCCGUACAGCUGUGAUCUAUGUGGUAAAACAUUUUCUGAGCGCGGUAAUCUUAAAAUACACCGGCGUGUUCACACCGGAGAGAAGCCGUACUCGUGUGAACACUGUGGGAAAAUGUUUUCUCAGAGAAGUAGCCUUAAAUCUCACCAACGUGUUCACCGGAGAGAAGCCGAAAUAGUCUGA